CCCAAAUAAACAAACUAUAGCCAUUUUAGUGAUUUUGUUGGCCCUUUCUUCUUCGUCUUGGUGUUGAUGGUGGUACCAAACAACCUCCACCUUCCAGCAACGUUUCCCCUGCCGUCCUCUGUCGUUUUGCUUCAUUGCGUUUCUCUCUUUGAUCGCGCGGUAAAUACCACGCUGACCCAUCGCUUUCACUGAACUUACUGAAAUAUAUUGCAGCAAUGGGGAAAGCAUAUUGUGGUAGCUUCAUGGUCAUGGGUAUGUAAUGUAAACCCCUUCUCUGCACCUACAUUUUCUGGGUUCUUAUUUACUCUGUUCUGUUCUUCAUCUUCUUCCUUCUUUUCUUUGAAAUUGCUGUGGGAAUUGAUAUGGAGGCCUCAGCCAUGUAGGAAAGCUUCCAACUUUGCCUUCUUUCUGUUCAAAAAAGGAACGAGAGAGUUCCUUUUUGAUCCGUUUCUGUGUUUUUCUUUCCCUUUUUCCCCUUCUCCGGAUCCCAUUUACUGGGGCUAGUAUGGAUUACGGGUUUUGGCUUUGAAUGCCAGCCGAUACGAGUUAACUGGGAGAAACGGGCUGCAUAGGGGAUUGAAAUUGGAUAGAUACUCUUUUUUUGUCUUAUGGGGUUGUAACGUUUGGAGAGAAUGCUUUGAAUGAGAGCUACUACAUUUACAGCAUGGGGUCAAAGGUCUUUGUUUGAAACCGAGUAGACUUUGGGUCUCAAGGUUUCUCUCUAGAUCAGCUUAAAGAUCAUUUUCGUUUCUAGCUUUCCCACAUUUAGAUCCUGGGUUGCCGGCUGUGGGAAGUAGGAACCCGAAUUACAUUAGUAGAGAUUUUGUUUUUAUUGAGUGAUGUGCGCAGUUUCGUAGUUUCUGGCCCGAUUGAUUUUGGUAGCUGUUAUUUUCUGAAACCUGGGUUGUUUCAGGUUUGGAAAAUAAUUUUUUGAACAUGAAGAGGAGGGUGAGCUGAUGCAGGUAGUCAGACAAGCAAAGGAGGCCUGUGUUUCUGAAGUCGGAGAGCCAUCCAUUUGAUUCAAGAUGCAAAUGGCUUCCAGUGGAAACACUAUUGAAGGAGCUGAUUUGAAAGGUAUGAUGCAGGUUCUGGAUGAGAAAUUUGAUCAGUCCAUGGGUGCAGAGGCUGGAAGACUGAGAAUAAAUAAGAAUGAUGGGAAGAAACACUCCACUUCACUGGUUUUGUGGCUUGCAUUCCAAAGCCUUGGAGUUGUCUAUGGGGAUUUAGGCACUUCUCCUUUGUAUGUCUUCUACAACACCUUCUCCGACGGAAUCAAAGAUCCUGAGGACGUGAUCGGAGCUUUAUCAUUGAUCAUAUACUCCCUCACUCUUGUUCCGCUAAUAAAGUAUAUCCUUAUCGUGUGUCAAGCAAAUGACAAUGGCCAAGGUGGAACAUUUGCUCUCUAUUCACUCUUGUGUCGUCAUGCAAACGUAAAGACUAUUCCUAACCUAGACCACACAGAUGAGGAGCUAACAACAUUUAGUCGUUCCAAAAUUCAUGAAAAGCCAUAUGCUGCCAAGACCAAGAGAUGGUUGGAGGAAAAAUCAUCCCGUAAGAAUGCGUUGCUUGUUCUUGUGCUUGUUGGCUCGUCAAUGGUUAUUGGGGAUGGGAUUCUUACCCCAGCUAUAUCAGUGCUCUCAGCAGUCCAAGGAAUCAGAUUAGACUGCCCCCACAUGAGUAAUGGUGCAGUCGUCCUUGUUGCCGUCAUAAUUCUAGUAGGCUUGUUUUGUGCACAAUACCGGGGGAUAGAUAAUGUUGGUUCGGUCUUUGCUCCAGUGGUCUUCAUUUGGUUCCUCCUAAUUGGAGGUAUUGGUAUAUUCAACAUAUGGAAAUAUGGGACAGUUGUCCUGAAAGCGUUUUCACCAGUUUAUAUAUACCACUACUUCAGGAAGGGAGGGAGAAGUGCUUGGCUCUCCCUCGGAGGUAUUAUGCUCAGUAUAACAGGCACAGAGGCUCUUUUUGCUGACCUAUCACAUUUCCCAGUUUUAGCUAUUCAGAUUGCAUUUACAGCGGUAGUUUUCCCAUCGCUUCUGCUUGCCUACACUGGUCAGGCUGCCUACCUCUUGAAGAACCCCGAUCACGUAUUUGAUGCAUUUUAUCGAUCCAUUCCAGCGAGCAUCCACUGGCCGGUGCUCAUCAUUGCAACAGCAGCUGCAGUUGUUGCUAGCCAAGCCACCAUAUCUGCUACAUUUUCCUUAAUUAAGCAAGCCCUUGCACUCAGCUGCUUCCCAAGAGUCAAAGUUGUGCACACAUCAAAAGAGUUCAAGAGGCGGAUAUACAUUCCAGACAUUAACUGGGUCCUCAUGAUCCUAUGCAUUGCUGUGACUGUCGGAUUCAAGAAUCAAACCCAAAUAGGAAAUGCUUCUGGUACGGCAGUGGUGAUAGUGAUGCUGGUGACAACAUUGUUAAUGACAUUGAUCAUGAUAUUAGUGUGGCGCUGCCAUUGGCUUCUCGUCCUCAUCUUCACUGCUCUAUCCCUUGUUGUGGAAGUCACCUACUUCUCAUCCGUGCUCUGCAAGGUCAAUCAAGGCGGGUGGGUCCCACUCGUCAUUGCAGCGUCAUUCUUCAUCAUCAUGUAUGUCUGGCACUAUGGCACCAUGAAACGCUACGAGUUUGAGAUGCACAGCAAGGUAUCAACCGCGUGGAUCCUUGGUCUAGGGCCCAGCUUGGGUCUUGUCCGUGUCCCUGGCAUUGGCUUGGUAUAUACGGAACUACCUAGAGGGAUCCCACACAUCUUCUCCCACUUCAUCACCAACCUGCCAGCCAUCCAUUCCGUCGUCAUUUUCGCCUGUGUGAAGUACCUUCCUGUUCAUACCGUCCCCCAAGAAGAGCGGUUCCUUAUCAGGAGGAUAGGGCCAAAGGCCUUCCACAUGUUCCGAUGUGUCGCCAGAUAUGGUUACAGAGACCUACACAGAAAAGAUGAGGAGUUCGAGAGGAAGCUGUUCGAUAGCCUCGUGGCAUUCGUUCGCCUCGAGUACAUGAUGGAAGAUUGUUCCGACUCGGAUGAUGAUUACAGCAUUUGCGAUGAUCAGGGAAGUGACAACAAGUCGACUGCAAACUGCGAUGGAGCCACAUUCUCUUCUGCCGACACGAUCAUUGCAGUGGGUUGUUCUGGAGCCAGCGACGCCAUCAUUAGGGCAGCAAGUAGCGGAAUGCAGAUCGACGAGGUGGAGUUUCUGCAGAUGUCCAGGGAUGCGGGGGUGGUCCACAUUCUUGGGAACACAGUGGUAAGAGCGAGCGGUGGUUCCAAGUUGUGCAAGAGGAUAGCCAUUAACUAUGUAUAUGCUUUUCUUAGGAAGAUCUGCAGACAGAGCAGUGCGCUUCUUAAUGUCCCUCAUGAAAGUCUCCUCAACGUUGGGCAAAUUGUUCAUGUCUGAAGAUCCUUCACGUGGCGUGUUCUUCUUGUUGUUAGUUAGGAAGGCUUUGGGUAGACUUUUGGAAGUGUCCUUGAACUAGUUUCACUUUAAUUGGUAAAUGAAAUGAAUGUAGUUAGUUAAUGGUAAACCAGCCACGUGCUUUGACCUAAACAUUGUUUCUAGCCGGUUUGAACUUAUGUUACCUAAUCAAAGGGAGCCAAAUCAAGUUGGUAUGGUCAAAACUAUCGUCCCUCACAAACAAGAACAAGAGAAUUUUACCCACUAAAAGCAACUGCGUGCCCAAAAUUCC